CCAUGAUAAAAAGCAUAAAUAUUUCGUUUACGAUUAUUUUUCAUUUAAAACCCGGAAGUUCAAGGUCGUAGUAAUGGCCGCUCCCAUGAAAUUUAUUGCGAAAGUUGUGUUUACAUAGUAAUUUCGCGCUUUCUGAUUUUAACGAGUUAUAUUUCAUGGAUUUAGAUUCUGUUUCUCCAUAAUCGGCUGUUCGAGUAAAAAGCCAUAUUGAUAAAAGACAAUGUCACGAGCUCCAAACGACAACAAUUUGACAACUUACAAACUUGUGGUUGUGGGAGAUGGAGGUGUUGGUAAAAGUGCACUCACCAUACAGUUCUUUCAGAAAAUGUUUGUUGUUGAUUAUGAUCCAACAAUUGAAGACUCAUACAUUCAACACACGGAGAUAGAUGGGGAGUGGUGUAUCUUAGAUGUACUGGACACAGCAGGCCAGGAAGAAUUUGGUGCAAUGAGAGAACAGUACAUGCGUAAGGGAGAUGGCUUUAUGCUAGUUUACUCAGUUACAGAUCCAGCAAGUUAUGAAAAUAUGCGGAGCUUUCAUACACAGAUACUUAGAGUUAAAGACAAAGAUGCAUACCCUAUGCUGCUUGUAGCUAACAAAAUAGAUUUAGUACAGCAGAGAAAAGUGUCAGAAGAACAAGGAAGAUCUCUUGCAGCUCAUUUAAAGCUUCCAUAUAUAGAAACAAGUGCUAAAGAUCCACCAGUGAAUGUAGACUUAGCCUUUCAUGAUGUUGUGAGAGUUAUAAGACAGCAACCAAAAGAAUUCAAGAAACAGCUCAAAACCCACAAAGGCAAAAGACGGAGAUGUACAAUAUUAUAACAGGUGAUAUAAAAGAAAGAUGUAUUGAAGAACUGUUUAUUUACCUGGAAGAUGUCCCUAUAUGCUCUUCCUGGCUUAAAAGAACUGUUUGGUGAUGAAGUCAUUUAAGUGCCAUUGGUUGAAAGACCUAGAAAAAAGUAGUGUUUAGUCAUAUAGUAAAAUGUUUUCAAUGGCAUACAUUUUUCUUGUUUAGAUUUCAGAAAUAGCAUUUAAUUUGAUGACUCAGGUUGUUGUAUUAUUGUUUUGUAUUUGCAAAAUAAUAAUUGUUAUUUUGUGAUACCUGGAUAUUUGUAUUUGUUUUAACCCUCUUGUCAAAGAAAUUUCCUUACUUUUUUGUCAUUACUUUCUAUAGAAUUUUUAUGAGGAACAGAAAAAAUCUUGUUCAAGUUUGUGCUAAAAUGUUUACUUGUAUAAUUUUUAAGCCAAAAAGUUUCAUCUACGAAAGAGAGUUAUUGCUUAUAGGUCUUACAAAUUUAAUCAUAUAAGUACUUUUUACAUUUGAAAAAUAUUUCUUUUUUAGUUUAAGCAAUAAGAUUUGUGGUUGAUGUCACUUU